UAACAAAGUCUCAAGAUGGGUUUGAAACUGAAAAAUGUCUUGCCAAUGUUUGUGUUCUUGUUGUUAGCAUCAACAGCUAAAGCUCAAUCUGCUGCCUUAGAUGUGACAAGUGCAAAAUAUGGUGGAAAGCCAGAUUCUGAUAUUACCCAGGCUUUAGAGAAGGCUUGGACAGAUGCAUGUGCAUCAACAGCACCAAGUAAAAUUGUUGUUCCAAAGGGAACAUUCAAGUUUGUAGGAACAACUUUUAAAGGUCCUUGCAAGGCUGCUAUUGAGUUUCAACUCCAAGGAACAUUGCAGGCUCCAGCAGAUGGCAGCCAGCUCCCGAAGGACGACACUUGGAUUGGUUUUGACCACGUCGACGGGCUCACCUUGUCAGGUGGUGGAACUUUUGAUGGCCAAGGAGCACUGUCUUGGAAAAACAAUGAUUGCAACAAAAAUAGACAAUGCAAAUCUAAACACAUUAAUUUGAGGUUCCACUUCCUCACCAAUUCCAAAAUUUUGGACGUAACUUCAAAAGAUAGCAAAAAUUUCCACGUCAAUCUUCAGAAGUGCGAGAAGGUUGAAAUCAACGGAUUUACCGUCUCAGCACCUAAGGAAAGCAUGAACACAGAUGGAAUUCACAUCGGUCGUUCAACUGGGAUCGACAUCAUUGACACAACCAUUGGAACUGGGGAUGAUUGUAUUUCGAUCGGUGACGGUACCAAGGACCUCACCGUGACCAACGUUACUUGCGGGCCAGGCCACGGCAUAGCCAUCGGGAGCCUUGGAAGGUACCCAGAGGAAGAACCUGUGUCCGGCAUCAAUAUUAAGAAAUGCACCUUGACUAAUACAACGAAUGGUGUGAGGAUCAAAACAUGGCCUGCUUCCCCAAAAGAUGGCACUGCCUCGGAUAUUCACUUUGAGGAUAUUACCAUGGUUAAUGUUGGUAACCCUAUCCUCAUUGACCAAGAGUACUGCCCGUGGAACGAAUGCAAAAAAGGGGUUCCUUCCAAAGUUAAGAUAAGCAAUGUUAGCUUCAAGAACAUCAAGGGCACUUGUACCGACCCAGUUGCUGUGAAGCUUGCAUAUGUCUGA